UCUCCAUUUUACCAUCUCUAAAAUGGUCAUGGUGAUGCCUACCUCCUAGGGUCACCAGGACAACUGGACUAGGUAGGUGUGAAAGACCGCUCAGUGUGGCAUUAAUUUCCCAUCUUCUUUGCCUGGCAGGCUGUAGGUCAUUGGUAAGUAUGUGCUAUAUACAAACAGCGGCCCGGACCCUCAUUCACUGUGGUGGGGAUGGCCUUGGCUUUCCUUGGAGAACCUGUGACUAAUGUGACACCUGAAAACCUUCCUUUUUCUCUUUGUGUGCCUCGCUAAGCAUUUAAUUCCAGGUGACUGGUCUGAGCUGCAUUCUAGCUUGGGUGUGUCUAGCACACCAGCUCGUAAAACGAGAUGCUCGUACAUAUUGCAUGACGUUUGUGCGGAUGAAACCCAAGCUACCCGCUCAUGAAUAAUCCACCUGUCCUUGUUCUCCUCAAAGGACAUUCCCCCGGACCAUCCAAAGGCAUGGUAGCCACCUUGAAAUUUCCAGAAAAUCCAUGUUGCAGACUCAUUCCAUUUUUCUUAAGCCUGGGCCAAUGAAAUGUUUCCAGGAUGGAGCCGACAGCCCAGGAACAGACAGAGAAAAGCUUCCGCUACGUCAUCAGAGCUCCCAGCAUCGAUGGCUUUGAUGUGAUGAACGUGGAUGUGAAGAUCGACACGUGCUGGGUGUUCCGAGAUGCGGAGGAGAGUGACCAGGAGCAGGGAUGCCUUCCAGAAGCAACCAGCAGCCCAGACUUGGACACGGGGCUGCUCAGGGAGCAGCUGGAAUCCUCAGAGCAGAAGCUGUUGGCCAUUGUGGACAAGCAUGUGAUGUCAGAGUCAGGGCUGAGGAGCAGGGUCGAGGAACUGGAGCUGUCGGAGAAGAAACUUCUCCUCAAGGUAGAACAGCUGAGUGCCCGCAUAGCCCAGGAAAGAAGCGCCUCGCUCUACGCCCAGGAUCAGCUACAGGCACUGCAGAGGGAGCUGGUCAGCCAGGUGCGGGAGGCGAAGAGCGCGGCCAGACGGCAGCAGCGGCUGCAGGAGCGGCUGCAGCUCAAGGACGAGGCCCUGGCACGGCAGGCGGUGGCCCUGGAGCGCUGUGGGCGGGCCCAGCGGUUGCAGCUGGGCCUGGUGCGGGAGCAAGAGCGCGUUCUGCGGGCGCAGGUGCAGCGGCUGGAGCGCGACGUGUGGCGCCUGGGCCGUGCCGCGAGCCUCCUGCUGGCACAGCUACAAGCUGCGGACCCGUUGCCCAGUGAGGGCAGCUCCCGGCCGCAGAUUCCGGCCGGUUCCCUAGGAGCCUCCGAGGCCACAGAGCUGAGUGUACUGCGGUUCAGGGCUGAACGCGCGGAGCGGGAAUGGGCGGAGGCGGUGCGUAGGCUGCGGAAGCAGAGCGUCACCAAGCGGCAGCUGCGGGAGCAGCUGGAGGAACUGCGCUGCUGUGUGUAUGGGCUGACGCUGUCGGAGAUUGGCCUGCACAGCCAGGUGGAGGAGCUCGCCAAGCAAAACAGGCGCCUGCGGGCCCAGCUGGGGCACGGUAGCCCGGGUGCCUCGGGCUGUGCCCAGAGUGACUCUCUGCCCCUGCCCAGCGCAGAGGUGCUGGAUCCCUGCAGCAGCCGAGGCUGCCACAGUGAUGCUUGUGGACUUCAAGCCCUCGCAGGCCAGCUCUCAGAAAAGCCCCAUAGCCGUGUUCAAGAUCAGCCAGACCCUUGCUUGGUGAUGCCAGCAAGUACCAUAGGCAAGCUCCAGGAAGACCUGCCAGGGUCUGAGCCUAGACAGGGCGCUCUUGUCCAGCCCCACCUAGAUGGACAGAUUCUUCGGCUGCUGUGUAGCUGCCCCCCCGAACCAGGCAUGGAUGAGCGACUUUGCCCCUUGGCAGGAGUUUCAGAGAAUCUUCAAGCCGCUGGAGCCCAGGAUUCCCUCCUACUGUUACCCACAUCCGGGUUCCCGCUCUGGGAACCUGCUGGAGAACCGCAGCCCCUACUGCCACCUCUGCUCUGGAAGCAUCUCCUACAAGAACUUCAGACCCAAGAAGAGAUGGACAGCAAGCCGUCCCCUGCCCCUGAGGUUGGGACACACCCUGACUGGCCUUGUGAUCUGGCAAGGAGCCAUGUCGCCUCCUUCAUCCAAAAGUCUCCGCUCAUUUCAAAUGGUUCAUUUCCCACAAAAGAGUCCAAGGAGCCCAGAGACACGUGGAAGGAGGGAAGCAGGCCUCCAGUUGCAAGUACAGAGAAGUGGGAGGUGAUGGGAGCCUUGGGUGUGAUAAAACCAGAGCUUGACGACAGGUCUCUGCUGGACCCGGAAAACAGUGAGAAGCUGAUUGUGGACACCGAGGGCCAAGCCCCAGAGGGCAUACAGGAAGGGAGCAGGGCUUCAGAGACCGAAGUCAUCGCCCACUGUCCUUGGCUCUGGCCGGAAUGUCAAUGUCUUCUACUGACUCUGCAUAGGACAACCUCUAAGUCACCAGAAAGUCCUGGUCCCCUGAGAAAGAGAUGGGGUGUGGAAGGAUGUGGCUGGGAACACUUGGGAAAACUGUCACCAGAGAAGGAGGAAGAGGCUACCGGUGCUAGUGCCCAUGAUACGAGAGAUACAGAGCCAAAUGGUAGCCAGCUUUCAGCAGGAAGGGGCAAAGAGGUCUGGAGGACGACACAGGACAAGCAGGGCCACCAGCUGUGCUUUGGAGACACUCACAUCCUGCAAAAGAAGUGGUCUGGGGAAGAAGAACAAGAGGAGAAGAUGCAGCUCCGAGCGGCAUCCAGCCCAGCUCCACUGGGUGUCUCUGAGCAGCUUGACUCCAAGUGCCAUGCGGGUCAGGAACAGAGACUACCAAUGGGUGAUCAGGAUUUUCUGGAGUUUCCCAAAUGGGCCCCAGCAGGUGGCAGCAGUGAAGGUCCUUGCCCCUCUCAGACUCUGACCACAGGACAGGGCAGGAACACCCUCCAGCUACACACACUGGAAAGGGAGGUGGGGGCCUGCUUCCAGCAGCUGGACAACCUGAAGUUUGUCUAUGGCGAUCCCCAGGAGAUGUCAGCAUUGAUGAGAAAGAGCCAGAGUGUCGCUUAUACAGGGUUGGACACUGAGGGGGAUCUGUGCCAUCAGCAGGCCUCAGCCAGUCAGGAUCUGAACACAAAAUCCAGCAGGAAUGGCGAGGGAGUGAGGCUGGAGGAGGGUAUGGCUCUGGGCACUGGAGAAGUUCUUUCAGGACCAGCUGAGGGGGAUAAAGCCAACUGGGGCCCUGCAGAGCUGAGUGGGAGCCCGCUCCCCCCAACGUGGUGUACCCGCAAAAGGGUGGGGAACAGCUUCCUUCAGCUCCUUGACACCCCAAAGAAAGAGAGAAGUCAGGUUUUGCUUGAUAAUGCCAGGCUUCAGGGAGCCCAAGAAGAAUGUCACCAUGAAGGAUGCCAUUGUGAGAAAGAGCGGGCCAGAGAAGUGGCCAAGGCCCUGAGGCUGGAACAGGCAAACCUAUCACUGCAGGAAGAGCUGGUCCACCUCAGGCACGAACUGGACCAGUGUCUGCAGGCUGUGUCCGACCUGGAGGACUGUAAUGGGAAGAGUUACUGCAAGAUUUCCCAGCUGGAAGAGGAGAAUGAGAAACUGAAGAGGGACCUGGGCCGGCUGCACAAAGCCAUGUCCAAGAGUGUCAGGAAAGCUGGAAGCAGGAUGGAGCAUGUCACCCUGGAAAACAGGGAGCUCAGGGCUCUGAUCUCAGAGCUUGGAGUCGGUUACAAAGGGCUGAUAAAGGACACGAUGCUAGGGAUAGAAGACAUGCUCUGGGCUCUGCAGGGGGAAAACCAGCACCUUGUAUGCAGGGUCCAAGGCCUGGAACGGGAGGUCCUGCAGAUGAGUGGGGAUCCCAGGGAAGCAAAGUGGUGUUGCCGGGGAAACUUCAAGAUGGCAGGAGACAAGGGGCACAUGGAAGACAAAGAGGUCCAGGUGACUCUGCUUUCAGGACAACUGGUUACACGAGCCUGUGGGCCACCCUGGGAUGAGGAAUCAGGCGUGACUUGGGGGCAGGUAGGACCUUCCUUAGAUUUGAAAGGUUCCAGAUGCGGGGCUGUUGCUAGUUUUGCCUCAUCAGUCUGUGGAGUCACUACAGGGUCUCAGGAAGCAAACGCCAACGGGGCAAAGGGAGACGGAGCUCGGCUGCAGAAAGAACAGGAGACACCAUGGUGUUCCAUGCGACAAGGACAGUCUCAGAGGUCCCUGAGCUGCAGCCUCCAGCUCCAGACCUCCAAGGCUGCUGUCCCUGAGGAAGACCCCCAACUGUGCAUACAGCGGCUCCACCACCAGGUGCGGACUCUACAGUGCCAGCUCAGGGACCAGGGCUGGGCACUGCGGGAGUUGCAGGUGGCUCGGGAUGAGGCUGUGGGCCUCCAGGAUAAGCUCAAGGGCAAGCUUGAGGAGCUUCGGGCACAGCAGCAUGAAGCGCUCCUGGCCAUGAGUCCUCUGAAGGCCAAGCUGUCUUCCAUGGUUCACAAAUGCCAGGAGAGGAACCGCCUCAUUGAGCAACUGCUGCAGGAGCUGCCAAGACAAGAGCCCAAGACCCACCUGCUCUUUGAGUUGGCGCAGAACAUGCUUGAUGACGUGGCUCUGGCUGAGUAUACUGCCACCUUCCUGAUCCCGGGAGCCCUAGAGGUAAUCUGCCACCUGGAUGUGGGCUCCAAGGGGAAGACAGCCAGAGGAGGAGCUCAGGAGUACCUGCUUACUUCUGAAACGGACAGUAUCCUUCAAAGCCUGUGGGGUGUGGAGUCCUGGUCCCUUCCAGGGACUAAGUGGGCAUCUCAGACAGCUCCACCCAGUUCCCCAAAGUUCCUGGUGUCCCACAGGCUCACCCAGGAGACUCACGCUGAGAGCAUUGACAGUGUAGCUCUGUGGCUGCUCCCCAUCCCAUCCCUGGGGGAUGGAGAGAUAGCUCUAGUCUGCUGUGGUCCUAAGGUGAGAUCCCGCUGUGUUGGCUUUUCCUGGGAAAUGGAGGAUGUGCCUGUCCCAGUGAGAAUCCGUGGGAGGUGCUGUUGGAGAAGCCCCAAGCCUUAA